CUGAUGCUGCUUCUCAUGCUGCUGCUCCUACUCCUGCUGCUGCUGCUGUUGGUACAACCAGAUAAGGACUGUCUUACUCCUUUUAACCUCAUCUCCACUCGCAUCAAGGAGUGGGAGAUUGGGAGGACUCACCAUGUCCAAGGAAGCAAAGGAUGAUCUUGUACAGGAGAUUGUCAAGCACGACGUUACCGAGGCCGAGACCAAGCCAGUAUGAUCGAGCUCGAGGAUACGAGGCUCGGCGGACUAGAUACAUUAGACACCGUAGAAGACCAGUCUUAAUCAUCUUCCUCAUAGAUGGCUAUCAGUUCUAAGACUGAUCCAAAACAUCCUCUUCUGACCAAUUCUAAGCUCGCCAGACUGUGCACUUUCUCCCUACACUCGCUUCGAGGGCGCUUUACUCUUUCUCCUCGGUUAGGAUUUUUUUUCCAAAAGAUUUUUUCUAAAGGAGGGUUUUUAAUGAGGCAUCACCUCAUCGCGGGAAAGGUCAGAGAUCCUUUCCAAAUCGAGCAAGGCAUCAAGAGCAAUGGACGUAGUUCAGAUAGAAAUUGGGCUAUUCCCUUUCAACUCGAAGGCUUCGCCUUAGGGAGUGGAGGUCUCCUGACAGAUAUAUAUUAUCUUGGACCAAGG